GGAAAGAGAUAGUCUGUCAUUAAUCUUUAGUAUGUCAAAUAGACUCAAUCAUGGAACCUAGCGAGGUAAUGAACGGAUAUUGAACUAUCCGAUACUUUGAGUUUGACCGUAUCCUAGAUGUAGCCGAGUUCCCACUGCCAAGACGGUCAGAAGUACAUGUUCGUCUACAUAACUGUGCAGGGGUACCUUGGUAUGAACUGUAUGAACCAGUAAGAAAAAAAAAAGGGUUCUCUGAUAAUCAAAUAAUCUCAAUCAACAAAAUUUAGCGGAUUCCCUGCGAUAUCCACAAUCUUUUCUCUUCUCGGUUUCCUUCUUUACCCCUUCAUCCUCCUACCCUCCUACCCUCCUCGCGUCUCUACUUCUCUGUUUUGAAGAAGGGUCGUCCUCCUAUAUCUCCUGACCUUCCUCACUCUCUUUCCCUCCUCGACCGGCGCUGACACGGUCUUCGGGAGUUUCUUUUGGCCUGCGAACGGAUUUCUGGAUUCCUCGAUUACUGAUAGGUCGCGCGGCGCAUAUAUAAAACUACUCUCUUUCCGCGCGUAAGCCGAUACGACUUCCACUCGUGGUCGCCAUGGCGAACGCCACGAGUUUUACCUCGCCUCUGGCGGACUUCAAGCUCGCCUCUGGCAACCUGCCUCCUCAGGUCGACCAUGUUCUCGACAGUAUCGCAAAUGCCAGUGUCAUGACAUGGGUUUUCACACUCCUUGCUCUAGCUGUCGCAUAUGAUCAGAUCAGCUAUUUCAUGCAGAAGGGCUCCAUCGUUGGGCCCUCCUUCAAGUUGCCUUUCAUGGGCCCCUUUCUCGAGUCCCUAAAUCCAAAGUUCGAGGAGUAUGUCGGGAAAUGGAACAGCGGCCCCUUAAGCUGCGUCUCUAUUUUCCACAAGUUCGUCGUUAUUGCCUCCACUCGCGAUUUGUCUCGAAAGGUUUUCAACUCUCCAACAUACGUGAAGCCAUGCGUCGUCGAUAUCGCCACCAAAAUCUUGGGAGAAGACAGCUGGGUAUUCUUGGAUGGAAAAGCCCAUGUUGACUACCGUAAGGGUUUGAAUGGCCUAUUCACCCGUAGAGCCCUCGAGUGCUAUCUCCCCGGCCAGGAAGCUGUCUAUAAGCAAUACUUCGCCAGAUUCCUCAACAUUACUAAGCAAGCUGGUGGCCAGCCCGUUCCUUUCAUGCACGAAUUCCGUGAGCUGAUGUGCACGGUUUCGCUUCGUACCUUUGCCGGAUACUAUAUGCCCGACUCUGCUUUAAAGAAGAUUGCCGACGACUACUACCUUGUUACUGCCGCUCUUGACCUCGUCAACUUCCCGAUCAUCAUUCCGUACACCCGAACCUGGUACGGCAAGAAAGCUGCUAGUAUGGUUAUGGACGAGCUUGCUAAGUGUGCUGCUAAGUCGAAGGUUCGCAUGGCUGCCGGCGGCGACAUCACCUGUAUUAUGGACGCUUGGAUCAAGGACAUGAUCGACUCCAAGAGGUGGGUUGAGGCCAAUGAGAAGGGGCUUUCCACCGAAGGUAUGGUGAAGCCGUCUCCUCUACUUCGCGAAUUCAGCGAUAUGGAGAUUUCUCGAACUCUCUUCACCUUCCUUUUCGCUUCCCAGGAUGCUACGUCCAGCGCUGCCACCAACUUGUUCCAGGUCUUGGCCAACCGCCCCGACGUGUUAGACCGCGUCCGCGAGGAGAACUACCGUGUGCGAAACGGCGACAUCUAUGCCCCUGUGAGCUUGGAUCAGCUUGAAUCAAUGACGUACACUCGUGCGGUUGUCCGAGAACUUUUGCGAUGGCGCCCUCCUGUCCUCAUGGUCCCUUACAAGGCCAAGAAGGCUUUCCCCGUUACCGACUCUUACACUGUUCCCAAGGGUGCCAUGAUUAUCCCGACCACUUACAUGGCUCUUCGUGAUCCCGAGGUAUAUGAGAACCCCGAUGAGUUUGACCCCGAGCGGUACUACACCGGAGAUGCGGAGGAGAAGGGUGCCAAGAACUACUUGGUGUUUGGUACUGGUCCUCACUACUGUCUCGGUCAGCACUACGCUCAGCUCAACUUGGCUCUCAUGGUCGGGAAGGCUGCAAUCCAACUGGACUGGAAGCACCACGCGACACCUGAAUCUGAUUCGAUCAAGGUGUUCGCCACUAUUUUCCCCAAGGAUGACUGCCCGUUGACCUUCAACGAGAGGAAAUGGUAAAAAAGAUGUCAGUCAAGUUGGAUCUUGUUAAGCCUUGGCGCAAGUGAGGGUGAGACGAGACAUCGUAUAACGAAAGAAACGAAACCAAAAUAGUAAUUGUAAUGAAGUCUUGUAUAUAUGUUAUCGCUGAGGAUGGGUCGCGAUCAACGACUCUUAGAAUGUCCAUAGCGGUGAAUUAGACCAACUUGAACAAAUCAAACUUUCUGGAUGGAUGCUGCUGAAGUGGUAUGAAAGGAAUGGCUGAUGGAUGAUAUUGGGGGCGAAGUAGAUAUGAGGAAGGAAAGAGCUGAAUAAAUGACGAGGGGUGUAACAUAAGGAAUCCAGAUUAUGAUUUUCAACUUUGAAUGUAGAUGAGGUGCAGGCAUGUGAUGACUUUUCUAGCACUCCAUAUAAUCGUGUACGUACCAAUCAAUAAAGUACCAAUGGAAACU